AUGCUUCGUGACUAUUGCCGGGGCCGUAUCGAAUUCCCCGAAACAUCACUUACUGAUCGAGGAGUGUCCCGGUCCGGCAGACAGUUUAUUAAAAACCUCAUGGCUCUUCAUCCUCAUGACCGACCGCAAGCUUCAAAGGACCUGGUUUCUGAUUGGGAUAUUACUGAGGAAAAUAAAACCUCCGAGACUGAUAGCUUGCAAGGAACGAGCCGCGAGGUAAUAAGGCUGGGAAAACGGCCGGAGUAUGUCAUGAAUCAACCGUCCAUCAAUAUCAAUGGAAACGUGCCACUUUAUAUUCAACCUCAACCCAAUAGUGUCAACGUCGACGACGAAAUGAACUAUCAAUCUUCAGAGUUGUGGCUUAUGAUGAAAGACACCGAUGCAGACAUAGGAAGAAUACGGUCGUUACUUGAGUCUGGAGCCAACCCAAAUAAGUUUCGAGAUGGACAUACAGCCCUACACAACGCGGCAGAGCGAGGGUCUACAAGAUGCAUGGAGCUCCUAAUUACAUACGGGGCGAACGUGCACUUGAAAACCAGAUCACACCAGGAGACAGCCUUGCACCUAGCCACGUACAAUAGCGACAUUUCGAAACUACGAUCGCUUCUCAAGCAACGAGCCGACGUCGAUGCUCAAAACGCGGAUGGAGAUACUACACUACACUUAGCCAUCCUUAGGUUUUUCACAACGGAAGCAAUGGAACUACUCCUCAGCAACGGAGCAUCCACGGAGAUUAAAGGCCGAAAUGGAUAUACACCGCUGCAGUAUGCAAUUAGUCUAGACCUGGAAGACAAAGCCAGAUUACUCCUGGAUCACAGUGCUAGUCCAAAUGCGCAGGAUAAGCGGGGACGCACACCGCUGCAUCAGGCUAUCGUGUCUGAUAAGUUGACUUUAGCAUUUAUCAAGAGGCUAGUGGAGGCGGGAGCCAAUAUUGACCAGAGAGACAAGAGCAAGCGCAGCCCAUUAUAUGAGGCAGCAAAAUGCAACAGACGUGACAUUAUGCAUUAUCUUAUUGACAGCGGUGCGAGUCGUGAGAUUGGUUCUUCUGGAAUGCAGAGACGAUUACAAUGGGUGCAAUUUUGGAGGGACCUCCCGUGGCCGUUCGGGGGUUGA